UUAAAUUUUAAUGCCCUGCAUUUCCAAUCUUCUUUUCUAAGAAAUUUAAAGCCUUAAAGUGCUACACAAAUUCCCCAUCUAAUCAUGAUUUCAUUUUCUUAGGGUUCUUUGUCUGAUCAGUUUCCUAGAAAAACUUCUAUCCAAGGAGACGAGAUGGAUCCUUCCGAGCUUAGCCGGGUUUUCCAGAUGUUUGACAAGAAUGGAGAUGGAAAGAUCACGAAGAAGGAGCUCGACGUGUUCUUCAAGAACAUGGGUGUUUAUAUCCCGGAAAACGAAAUCAGGCAAAUGAUAGAUAAGAUGGAUGUGAAUGGAGACGGGUAUAUGGAUGUGAACGAGUUUGGAGCGUUGUAUCAAGCGAUAAUGGAAGAGAACGACGAGGAAGACGACGUGAGGGAAGCUUUCAAGGUGUUUGAUCAGAACGGGGAUGGGUUCAUCACAGGCGAAGAACUCAGGUCGGUUUUGGCUUCCUUGGGGCUCAAGCAAGGAAGAACCCUAGAAGAUUGCAAGAAGAUGAUAAACAAGGUAGACGCUGAUGGAGAUGGCAUGGUUAAUUAUAAGGAGUUCAAGCAGAUGAUGAAAGGUGGUGGAUUUUCUGCCCUUAGCUCCAUUUAAAAUCAUUAUGUAGAUUUUGUUUUCUAAGUUUUUUCAAUCGCAUUUUGAAAACGUUUUAGACAUUUUGAAAUAAUCAUUUUGUAUCGUGUCUACAAAUGAAUUGGAUGUAUU